AUGUCGAAAGAACGAGAUUUACAUAAAAAAGGACAACGGAGCUUUAAAAAAACCGUGAACCCUUUGAUGAGCAAUGUGGGUAAGAAAGUCCUCCAGAAAAAAUUCUUUUUUGCCGUAUAUACUCGAAACAUACCGGAGAUUACAAGGUGUUUGAGUAAAGGAGUAGAUCCGAAUUAUCGAUCAUCAGAAUAUGGUGUUACACCUUUACAUUUACUCGCCGAACGGAAUGAUUACAUACUGGGGUACCGACUAUUGGAGUAUAAAAAGUUUGACGUGGAUGUGAGGAGUGUCCACGGUUUAACUGCCUUGCAUCUUACUUGUGUGUUCAAUUGUAAAAAGUUUGCUCUUAUUUUAUUAGAACAUGGGGCCAACCCAAAUAUACACGGCCGCUUCAAUAUCACAGCUUUACAUAUAUCAGUACAGCAAGAUAAUUAUGGUAUUACGAUAAAACUGUUGAAAUUUGGGGCUGAGGUUAAUGUUGUGGACUGUUUUGGCAAUACACCCCUCUCUUUGAGUAUCAUAGACAGGAAUAAUUAUUUAAUAGCAAAAACGUUGUUUCAAAAUGGGGCCGAUAUGAGUGUCGAGGAUCAAAGACCGCUCCAUAUCUUCUUUGAAUCGGUUCUCCAUUGUCGUACCAUUAGUCAAAUUGAGUUGGUGCUGCUUUUGUUGGAAAAUGGGGUUAAUAUUAAUAUGACUGAGCCCCAGUCAGGGCGAAAUUGUCUCCAUUUUGUUGCCCUUACCGGUUUUUUGGAAUUGGCCGUGGUCUUGGUUGAAAAGGGGGCUCACACUCAUACUAUGGAUGUAUGUAAACGAACCCCUAUCAAGGUGGCUGUGGAUCACGCCAAUGAUAUAGUUGCUGAUUACUUCCGGAAAGGCUAUAGACCCUCUUCUUUACUUACCGCUCUCCCAAAAAUUUUCCAGUGGUCUAACAAAGUCAAAGCUCGAAUUAACGAGAGAAGACAAGCGGAGAGUGAAAAACAAGCCGAAUUGAAACAAAAAUAAACACAUCAUUAUGCACAAUUUAUUUAAUAUUACGGAAUACAACAUUCAAUAAAUAUA